AUGAUUUUAUCAACUGGUGUUGUCUCAUAUUUAUGCAUCUGCCUAAUUUCACUAUUUGCCGUAACGGUGAACUCCCUGGAAUGUUAUUCGUGCAAAGACCAGGAUGGAAACAAAGAUAAAUGCAUCAAAACGUCGAAGCAGUGCGAGCAGAGCCAAGACGUCUGCUACUCCAGCAUCACCUGGAGAAUUCCGCCAUAUUGGACCCCUCGUGGCAAUCGAAUACACUACCUGUCGAAAGACUGCGACACCCAGAAGAAGUGUCAGGCCAAGCAAGAGCAACUGAAGCACAUCUGCAUCAGAGACUGGUACUUGGAUUGGCAGUGCCACGAGUGUUGUCAGGGCGAUCUCUGCAACUACUACGUAACUGUUAGUAAUGUUACUAUGUAA